UGUAAACAUUCCUCUAGUGACAGUCGCCAAGGAGACAGCAUGAGACCUCUAGUAGAUUAAAUUACUGCCUCUGUAUUUGUAUACGAGUGGUGCAGGAUGGGUAUUGACUGGGAGUACCUGCGUGGGGUGACUGGGGAUUCAGGGGACUGGGGUGAGGCUGAACUGGAGGAACUGUAUCAGACUCUUGUGGGGAUCACAAAGCUGCGAUCUCGUGACAAAACUGUUGAGAAGUUAGAAAUGCUGUUUACUCUGACACAGGCUGUGAUGAUGGCCAAGUAUUCACAGGUUGUAGUACUGGAGGAAGAGGUGGGUCAUCUUGCUGAGUCAGCUGGGCGUGGAGAUGCCAAGCGUGAACAGGAGCUGCUUGCAGAGAUUAACAGAUUACAAGCUGUGGUUGAUAAUGGAAGGGGGACAACCAAUGAUGAAAACAUUGCAUAUGAUUGGUCAAGUGGAUGGCGACUGAAGAAAAAAGAAAUGGAGGAAUCAAUUCAGCAGAAAAAUCUUGAGAUACAGCAGUUUAUGGAUGACUUACAGGUCUCUGAGAAUGAAAGAACUAUUCUCAGAUCAUCUGUGAUGGAGUUGGAAGAUCGUUUAGCUGAAGCCACAAAAGAAAUCAACAGUGUCACAACAGAUUAUAUGUCUCUGAAGGAAUCUCAUGCCCAUGCUCAAGACAGUUUGAUAGUAGCCCGAGAAGAAUUAGAGGGGUUUCAUAGUCACAUUGAAGAGAUGACUCUUGAGAAAGCUCAACUACAACAGAAGUUUGAAGAACUCAGUACUGCUGUGGAUGCCAGAGUUGACAAGUUGAAGGAAGUUGUGAGUCAACGUGAAGAAGAGCUACAGAGAAUGAGGUCUAUGUUGUACCAGAGAUCCAACCUACCUCCAGGUUCCGUACAGCAGACACAAAAUGACCUCUCACAGAUCCUACAACUAGAACAGGAGGUGAGGGAGAGGGAUGCUGAAGUUGCUCGUCUUGGAGAGCAGUUAACCGAGGCAUCAAGAGAGAUUGAAUCAAGUGCUCUGCUAAUUACCAAAUUGAAAAACAUGAGAGUUUCAGCGGUGGAGGGAGAUGCUGCCAUUAUCAGUCAACUUCGAGGAGAACUCCAUGAGGCUCGACAACACAUGCAGCAAAUGCGCACUCAACUCUUAGCUGCUGAAGAAGAUGCACAGCUUCAUGCUCAGGAUCUGUCAACAGUAAUUGGAGAAUUGCAGUCAUACAUGGCAGGAGAAUAUUCUCUGGCUGAUGCUCUAAGGGAAUUAAAAGAAGUUCGAAGCCAAGUACGGAUCAGAGACUCGCAAAUCUCGCAGUUGACAGUUCUUGUCAAUACUCUUCAGAUCAACAUCAAUGAACUCAUUGAAGAGAAUGGUCAGUUGAGAGAACAGCUAAAGCUUGAGCCUCGCAAGGACAUUGACUUACCUGGAGUAAACAAGACUGACUGGCAGAAUAGCAAAAAGAUCAUAGAUCAGCUCACUAAUCAAGUCAAUAAGUUACUGGAUGAGAAAGUCACUCUUCGCACCAAGAUUUAUGAUUUGACUCGAGAACUGUCCAAUGCUAAGGGUUCUCUUCAGCUGACAACUUUAGAACUACCUAAAGGCUUUGGUUCAGGAGAGACAUCGAGGCUCCAGACACAGUGUUUGGAGGAGCAGCUAAACAACCUCAGUGCUGCUGUUAAUCAACUACUUCUAGAGCAAAAAGUUGAGCAUCAAGAAAAUCAUCUCCAAUUUCAACUAGAAGCUCUAAAAGAAAAGCACCUCAGAUUGGAAGGAGAAAAGGCAUCACUUGAGAGAAUCAUUCAUAGUGACUUUAUGAAGAGGAAAAAGACUGAAGAUAGAGAGCAGUCAACUGAGAGUUCAUCCACCCAGCCCAGUAGUAAGAAGGCCUCAGAGAAGUCACUUCACUCCUCCAAGUCUCCCAUGGAAGCGCUGGAUGAACUAAUAGCAACGUUAGGUCAGCUGCCACCAUCAACUGAGGAGGUCAUUGCUAAACUCAAGAACCAAGUUAAUUUCUUAGUUCAGGAAUGCAGCAAGAGAGAAGAUGAGAUCAGUCAGAGAGAGAAGACAAAUGCCAUCUACACUAAUCAGUUUGAAAGUCUUCGAUCUCAAGUAACUGAUCUUAACUCAAUAUUGUCCGGUGAACAAGAUAAGUGGAUAUCGGAGAAAAGGGAGCUGGAGAAGUCAGUGUGUGCUCUUGAGGAUGAAGUGAAAGCUCUUAAGGCACAGACCGGGGAGUUACAGUCAACCAUUGAUGCAAUAUCCUCCGGCAGACCAGAUGUGGAUGCAAAGCUGGCAAGGAGAUUAGCAGAACUACGUUAUGAUUUAGAAAUAUCACACCGACUUACUAAGAACCAAAGGAAUGAAAUAAGCUCUCUUCAUGGGCAGUUAAAGGAUAAGCUUGAAGAAGUACAGCAGAGUCUACUUCAGGAGAAACAGCUCAAGCAUGAAAAGGAACAUGAGCAGCAGAUUUUGAAACAUCGGAUUUAUAAACUUGAAGGAGAGUUGAGUCAGAGUGUUCCAAGGACUACAGCAGACCAAACAUCUGCACAGUCAGCUGCCAUCACAGCAAAGUAUCGUUCUCUACUGCAGGCUCAAAGUCUCACGAUGCAAGAAAAGAACCAAGAGGUACAGCUGAUGGCCGAGAAGCAGCAACUUUUAGAGGAGCGGGAACAGUUGAGUCAGUUGUUGGAGAGCGCCAGGGAGAAAGUCCAUUCUCUUCAGGCUUCUUUAAAUUUGGUUGGAAAAAACACUACUCACAUACAGGUGGAGAUUUUGUCUAAACAGCUCGCUGCCAUAGAACUCCGGGAGUUGAGGGAGAAACAGAAGGCUGAACAUUCCUCCAUCAUGUAUCAUAAUAUUAAAAAGGAAUGUGUGGAGCUGCAGCACCGGGUCCAGCAGCUGCAGGACACUCUCGACGCCACUUCCAAGAUGAACCUCGCCCUGCAGACCACCGAGACUGAGCUCCGACAGCAGCUUCAAGGAGCCAUCAAACAGGAGGAGUACACCAGGGUCACUAAACAAGUCCAACACAUAACCGAUGAAAAAGCACAAUUAUUGUCAGAUGUGAAGCGUUUACAAUCUCAUGUGGAUGUGUUGAGUACACAGCUGAAGCAGAAAGAGUUGAUUAAAAAUGAGAAUCAAGUUGAAGUGGACCAGCUGAGACAGGAGGUCCAGGAUCUAGCAGCCACAAGUGAUGAACGCACCAAUAUGGGUCAAUUACAUCAAGAGAUUAUUUUUUUAAAAGUCAAGAAUUUGGAAUCCAUUGCUGCACUAGAUGAGACCAAAGCCAUGAAUGAGAAGCAGACAAUAGAAAUCUUGCGUUUAAGUCAGCAGCUGCGUGAUAGAGAGCGGCUUCUGGAGACGGCAGUGGACACCAAUCGAGCGAGAUCAACAAAACUAUACAUCAUCAUCAGAGACUUAAGACAACAAUAUGCCGGAGCUGUGCCACUGUCCCAACAAGAGCGAUAUGUAGAUCUCUUGGAGACUUUAAAGCAGGAGAGGAAUGCCUUGCAAGUUGCCCUCCAGAGUGCUCAACAUGACAAGAUGGAGUCCAAAAUUACUCUCCGGCAACUGAAGAUCAAGCAAGAGGCUCUCGAUGAAUUAAAGAUGGCUCUCUCUUCUCCCAAGUCGACUACACUUGUUGCCAGUUGGUGCACUAAUUUAGAGGAAGCCAAGCUGAAGAAUGUUGAGUUGGAAGAAAAGGUUCAGACUCUUGAGGAGAACCAAGCUUUAAGUCAGGCAAGAUUGGAAGGGAAAGAGAGAAGACUUGCAGAAGUACAAACACAGCUCUUGAGCCUGGAGAAGCUGUGGAUGGAUGAGCAACUGUUGUGGGAUGAACGAGAGGUUGAAUUAACUCGAGCCCUUGAGAAACAUGAGACAAGACAUAAAGCAGCUGCCCUGGACCUUAAAACUCUAGGCUUUCAUGAACUGCCUGACACUACACUUCCUAUAUCAAAGCAGUUAGAAGAGGCUUUAGAUUCAUUACGAAAUAAAGUGACAUUCCUGGAAAAAGCUGAAAUGGAACUAGAAAAAUUUAGAAAUGAAGUUGAGACUAUCCGGAAAGAUUUAAGGGAAAAGGAAAUAGCAGUUAUAGCAAGAGAUAAGAUUAUUAAUGAAUUAAGAAUAAUUGGAAGCAAUUUAAAGGUUCCAGUGGUGAGGUCAGAGGCAGCACAAGAUGUGACAGAUCAGGUGAAAUCUAAGUCACUGAUGCCUGAAGAAGAAAGUAUAAAGAUUGUGAUUGAAGGCUUGAAAGAGCGUCUCCACAUGAGUCAACAUACAGUAAAUCAUUAUCAAGAUCUCUUGGCAAAAGCGCAUGAAGAGAAACAAGAUCUUGCUGCUAGAAACAGGGAUGAAUUUCUCCGUGUGACCCGAGAGUGUGAUGAAGCAGUUUUAAGAGCUCGGGAGUUACAGUCCCAGCUCGAUUCAAUCCCGACCCGUGAUCGAGGCUCAUCGGCUUUAAGUGAAGCACAAGCAGCACAAAUUCAGAGUUUGGAGGAAACUAUCAAAGUUAUUGAGGUACAGUUGGAUGAUGCCAAAAGUCAGUUAAUUGUCUUGGAGAGGAAGGCAGUACAGUUAGAACGUGAUUUGACAAUUGCUCGUCGUGAACAUGCAGAAGAAAGAGAGCACCUGGAAGUAUCCGCCCAAUUGCGAGUACAGCAGCAUCAACGUGAAACAGACAGACUUUCUGGAGAACUUAAUAAGAUACGUUGCGAAAGGGAUAAUUUACGCGAAGAGGUAGCCAUUCUUCAAGAAUCGGCUUCUCGUAAACCGUCUGCCAUUCUCAGAACUCUGGUGGAGAAGUUACGGGAUCAGCUUAUUGAGAAAGAGAAACAAGUCUCUAAACUUACAAUGGCUGUGCAAGACAUGAAGGAAAGAAUAUCACAAAACCAAAUGAAAGAUGAAGGAAUAGAUCUCGUCAGUGUUGAAAAAGAAGUGUCUCAGGCCACCAACAAGCUCACUGAAUCAUUCAACAUAGAGCUUGAGAAAAUUUCAGCUGCCAAGGAUGAUCUGGAACAUAAACUACAUAAUCAAAUACUCUCCUUAACUGCUGAAAAAGACAAAAUAUCUGCAGAAGUCGACACUUUGAAUGAAGAAAUCAAAAUUUUGAAAGGAGAAUCUUUGAGAACUGAGAAGCAGCUUUUACAGCAGAAGAGAUUUAAUAAUGCUCUUAAGCAGAAACUGGAAGAUUUAGAAGGUAAAUCGCCUCUAGCAAUAACCAGAGCAAUUGAGAGCUUGCAAGAAAAGCUAAAGAAAAUGGAUGCAGCUGCAGAAAUAGAGGAAAAUGAGAUCCGUAAAGCUAAAAGCCAAGAACAAAUUGUGAGGUGGGAAGAGCGGAAGAAACUCCAAGGUGUUAUUGAUAAGUUAAAGGCCAGAGUGAAGGAGCUGGAAACAACACAUGAUGUUCAUUUGAAGAAACUUGAGACAAGUCAAGAUCUUUUGAGCAAAGUAGAAACAGAAAAGCUGUCAUUGCAGUUUAAGCUGAAUAACUUAAGUAAGGUAUCUACUGAGAAAAUGUGUGGUGUUUGUCUGAAAACUUUAAAUACAUUAGACUCAAGGAGAGGGAGCCUUGUCCAAGAGGGAUCUUCACCAGCACACAGUAGCCAGACUGUAAGAGCUAGUAGGACUGUAAAGCAAAAUAGAGUCAACCCUUCACCUGAGAGGGUCCCUGUAAAGGCAGACAUAGGGGAUGUACAGAGAGACAAGGCAAAGAGCCCUUUAGUGUCCAGAAGAUCACAGUCUGAACAGGAUGACAGUGAAAUGAGGUUUCGAAUUCAGCUGAAAAAGGCUUUAGAAGAGAAGCACAGCUUAGAAUUUAGGCUUAAAGGUGCGCUAGAAGAAAUUUAUGUUCUUAGAAAUCAGUUACAACAAAAAGAGGAGGAGGAAGAGAAACUGAUAGCUGAGAGGAAAGGCCCCGCAGCACGUCGUGUAGGUGGGGCAGCAGUGGUACUCGAGUACGAGUCUCGUGUAAGAACUCUAGAAGACGAAUUACGACAAAAAACACGUCUUCUUGCCCAUGUAAAGGAGGUAGUUCGUGAGGCUGCCAAUAGAGAAGAAUCCCUACUAGAGGAAAAAGGAAUAUUGCUCCAGAAAGUGACACUGUUGGAGAGUAUAUCAGAGGACACCCCAGCUGCCCGUCUUGUUCAUGAACUAAGGCAGGCAAAACUUACCAUUACCAGACUACAAAGACUACUUGACAAUAUCCAAGGGAACUCUUAAUUUAUUGGGAAAAUAAAAAGAAUUAUCGUACAGUAUUACUAGAUCAGGAGUAACUAAUUUAAAUUAAUGUAAUAAUUACAAGAAUUUGUUACACCUAAGGUAAAAAACUUGGUGAAGAUACAAAGAAUACUGUAAUGACAUUAAUGAUAACUACAAGGUAGUUUCUGGGUCAAGGGAACUGGUAAUUGAUAAAGUGCAGUUUGACAGGCAUAUUGUUGUGUCACUGAGGAAUUGCUUGUGAUAAGUCUCCUGGUUGAAUGAUACCAGUGCACAAAAAAUAGUUCCUGAUUAACUGGAAUACUAAUAUUUAUCUUGCUUCAAAACAUAUUAAUUCUGGGCUGUAAAUUGUAGCUAAGUAUUUUAUUUAUAGUUUAUAUAAGAAACUGAAAUUGGUAAGAAUAUAAAUUUGCUCAAGAUGACUAAAUAUAUUUUCUUUAAAAAAUUGAAGAACAUAAAUUUAAAUGGUAUGUUAAAAAUUAUUAUAUUUAGACUUAAAAAUUAUAUGGCUACAGUAAGUUAGUGAAGGAGAAUAUAUAAAUUUCCAAAGAACUGUCGAGUAUUUUCAUUUGAAACAGAUACAGUACAGCUUUAUUUACACACAGUUACAGAAGGUACAAAAUAUUAUGUAAUGAGCAUUUGUAUCUUUUAUACUAUACAAUAUAGGAAAUAAGAAUUUACUCUACUGUUGACUGGAUGUUUGGUUUUUAUGAAUAUGAAAUUAUUGGAACUUUUAUAUCAAGCCUUAUUUAAGUUUUAUUAUAUAAUUUAUUUCAUCCAUUUAGAAAAAAAAAUUAGUUGAAGGUAAAAGAAUCUUCAUCAUAUGUGUAUUAAAUGUGUUUCUGAGGUUGUGUACACUCGCUCCAAAAAGUGUCUUUACAGAGGAGUCUGAUGAAUUUCAAAAUGAACACUGCAACUUGUUGUCCUGAUAAGGUUGUCAAAAUCCUUCGUCUGAUGUUUCAUAUUGUCUAGCACUAACUUGUAAAGAUACUUUUUGGAGUUAGUGUACUGUACAUCAAGUCCUAUAUUCUAAGGCAGUGUAUAGAGAUUAGAGAAUUGUGUAUUGUACAAUAUUUGGUAAUUUUGUCUUUUGCACAGAGUUAAAGCAGACCUCUGUACCUCACUCUCAUUUUAAAGAUAGGCCAGUUGCCCAUCUUCAAGUGUUGUCGCACAGUUUGCAGUGUAAUGAUCAUUAUUUUACCACACUGAUAACAUGUUUGAGAAGUUCAGGCACUCUCCCACCCAUCAUCUAAAUCUAAGGCUCGCUACACAUGCUCAGUUUUUCACUCCAAAUUAACUGGGCAAAUCACAACUGUACAGUUAAUCCAACACCCCGCAAGUGCAUCUACACAGUGCAGUUUUUCGGUAAGUUUUAUCCACAGUACGUCAUGGAUGUAUGUGACAAGAUCUGCUCUUGGCCAUUGUGGUUUUAGCUUGAACUACGAAAAAUAGGAGAAAAAUGAGAUCAAUCAAGAAGGCGUGGUGUAAAAAAAGCAAUUUUUCAUUUGAAUUUGUUGGAGGAACUCAAAUUAGAGACCACUGAUUGUUACAGCUACCUUCGUAUGACAGAAGAAAACUACCCGGUAUUUACACUUAUUAUCCCUGGUUGCAUGUGGAAAGCCAUUAGUCCCAACUAACAUCUGACAGGUACUCUCAGGUUUCUAGCAACAGGAAGAUCUUAUAAUGAUCAGCAGUACACAAAAGCAAUGUCACCACAAGUGCUGAGUGCAGUUAUACCUGAGACUUGCAGAGCUAUUUAUACAGUAUUAAAGGACACAUUUCAUGGCAUGAUAUUUAUUUGAAACAUUACAAAUCUUUAGAUCUUCUACUGUACUCAGUAUUGAACAAAGGCUUUCUUUCCUUCAGUGAAUGAAUACAUGGCAAGUGAAAAUAAUUAAUAAAGACUUGAUUGAAUAAUAUGUAGCUAAAACAGUAUAGCCUUUUUUGCCACAAGUUGAAAAUGAUGUGUACUGUACAUAUAUAAUGGAAAAUUACGUUUUUAUAACGUAUUACAGGAUUACAUCUUGUAAGAUGGCAUAUUAGAGGGUUUCUUAUAGAUGGCUGGAGGGGAAGUCAUGGGAAAGGCUUCUGUGUAGGCAUUUACUCGGGACUGAGUUGUAGAUCAGUGAUGUGGGAUUUUGAGAAUUAUUUUGGCUGUUCUGCAUAGUUAGUCUGCAUUCUGUAUUGAUAUUUCCCAAUUCAGCCUUAAACAAAUGUUCAUUGAUAAGUCUUUCUGCAUAGAUUAGUUGGUCUCGGGAAAGAAAUCUUAAUUUUGAAGUUAUUGAAUGUGUUUUCUGUCAAUGUCAUUAGCAUCUUCAGUCUUGCCAGAUUGGGGAUGUUCGGCUACUAAGCUGACCCGUAGUACUGUGUUGGUAGGAUCAUCCUUUCACUUUUUUCGAGGUUUUCUUUAUUCUCCUGAUGUGUCCGGUGACUGCACUGAUUGAGCGUGUGUAGUGGGCCUAAGACAGAAAGCGUGAACUCUGCAUUACUUCCCUGAUGGGAGCUGUAAUGCUUCUGCCUUACACAGGAUGUAUGGGGGUGCCCAGUAAACUAGCCCCUGAAGUGCAUGGGGCGAAUGUGAAAAGUUUGUAAUUUGGUUGAAAACUGUAAUCAGUACAGUAUUAUGUAUUUGAGUUUAAGAAUUUUUGCAGUGUUCUUCAAAUAUGUGUGACCCUUACAGUUUUCUCUGUUUUUUGUAAUAAUAAUUAAAAGGUCAGUAUUUCCUUGUACUUUUUGUAUUGUGUGUGUGCAUGUGUUGGUGGUGAGUAAAGUAUAUGUCAGCCGAAAAGUUUGGGACCAAGACGCUUCUAUAAAUGGAUAAUUACAAAAAGUGGGUACUAACCUGUACAUGUGUCCAAGGAAAGUACCGUAUGUAAUAAACCAUAGUACAAUACUGUCUUGUGUUGGUUUGAUUGUUAGUUUCUGCAAAUACCUGUACAUUAAUGUACUGCAUUAUUCUCUAAUACUCUUGGUGUUAUCAAGUCUAUACAUAAACAUUCUGUGUAUGAUAAGUUUCCUACAAUCGGUAUACAAUACUGUAUAACAUACUGCACUCCUCAAACUCUUAUGAAGACAAGUAGAUUCGCCACUUACAUUACCACCCAGUUACUGAGCCAGUUGCCUGAGGAUUACAUUUUUCUUCAUUUACUCUCAUGUAAUGCCUGUACUGUACUGAAUGUGGAUAAUUAAAAUACAGUAUUCUACAGCACAAUAUAGUACAGUAUUGUAUAUAGUAUUCUUAAAUUUAAUUUUUAUGAUGCUCAAACCUUUUGUAAAAUACACUAGUAGAUAAUUUCAUAAAGUAGAUUUUCGGUUGAUAGAUACUUUAUUUUUUUACAUCUAGUUUAGAACACCAGUACAGUAUGUUGAUGGAUGCCAAAUUUUUUGAUAAUUUUUAAGGAAUCUCAGAAUGUUGGGUACAAAACAUCCAUCCAGUACGUGAUAGCUGACUAGUCGUUAAUUACAUGCUUGAAUACAAUAAAAGUUGGAUUUUGUGAA